GUCCAACCUGGUCUUGAACACCUCCAAGGACGGGGCAUCCACAACCUCCCUGCGCAGCCUGUUCCAGGCUUUCUGUCAGCUCUUUACCUGCUUUAACACCGGUCUUUGUCUUUGCAGGUGGGCACCUCCUCGGUGGUGUACCCCGCCGCCAUGUUCGCCCCGCAGGUGUCGUCCCGCGGGGUGCCGGUGGCAGAAUUCAACACGGAAGCCACUCCCGCUACAGACAGGUUCAGGUUCCACUUCCAGGGCCCAUGUGGAAGCACGCUGCCGCCUGCCUUAGCCCGCCACGAGUCCGAGAUCAUCGCCUGAGGCGGGGCGGGGGCGGUGGGGCGGGGCGGGGCGGCGGGCCCCGAUCGUGCCAAUAAAGCGUGUGGAGCGGCAGCCCCUGUGUCGUGGUCUGACUGCCGGCAACGGGAUAAAGGUAGAGCGGAAGGAAGUCCGAGGAACGACUUCGGAAGUCGGCGGAGCUUUUCCGGGUCGCGCUGAGACGCGUUGCGGAGCGUGGCCAUGGUGCGGCGGCUCAGACGGCAGAAGGGGAAGGCGGCCCCCGUCGGCCCGUCCGCCGCUUCGCCCUCCUCGGAGGAUGAGGAGCCCCCCGAGGAGCUGUCGUUCGGCACGGCCAGGGCGGAGGCCGAGGCCGAGAGGAAGCUCGUGGGGGAGGCGGCGCGGAGGCACCGGGAGCUGCUGAAGGAGAAGCGGCGGCGGCGGCAGGAGCUGUUCACGGAGCAGAAGAGAAGGAAGCUGCUGCCCGAGGCCCUGCUGCAGGAGCUGGCCGCAGCCCCGCCUGCACGAGCAGAUGAGCCGAGCCCCCCUGCUGCACCAGGUACUUUGGAUGUUCUGUUUCCACAGCUCACAGUUAGCAGAGAAUGAAGGUGGGAUUAGACCUUCCCUUUCCAGCAGCGCGUGGCUUUUCUAUUGCACUGAUUGUUCUUUUUUGGCCUGUACGGAAUCCCAUCUAUUUGGGACUGAUGGCAGGGAACAGGAAAGCACUGUAGCUUUUAGGCUGCCUUUUUCAGCAGCUCUCUGAGGGCACCGCUGCUGGGUUUUACCAAUCAGAGCAGCUGAAAAGUGCCUCCUGGCUGCUUGUUCACAGCUUGUGUUGCUUCACAGAAUCACAGAAUCACAGAAUCACAG